UCCAUCACCAUCACCGCGCCUCCUCCAUGUGCCGAAGUAGCAGCAGCAGCAGCAGCAGUCGGGGAACCAUGCCCUGGCACUGGCUGGCACUGGCCCUGGCGUUGGCACAGUGGCCUGGCCCUGGCGCGUGCCAGCGUGGCGGCCCCGACCCGUCCAAGUACCCGACGGUCACCACCAAUUACGGCAAGCUGCGGGGCAUCAAGAAGGAGCUGAACAACGAGAUCCUGGGGCCCGUGGAGCAGUUCCUGGGCGUGCCCUACGCCACCGCGCCUAUCGGCGACCGCCGCUUCCAGCCACCUGAGGCGCCGGGCUCCUGGCAGGAGGUGCGCAACGCCACGCAGUUCGCGCCCGUGUGCCCGCAGAACAUCCACGGCGUGCUGCCCGAGAUCAUGCUGCCCGUGUGGUUCACCGACAGCCUGGACGUGGCGGCCACGUACGUCCAGAACCAGAGCGAGGACUGCCUCUACCUCAACGUCUACGUGCCCACCGAGGACGGUCCGCUCACAAAAAAACACGAUGAAUCUUCGACGAACAGGCCGAAAGACGAAGACAUCCGAGACCGCCGGAAGAAGCCGGUCAUGCUCUUCAUCCACGGCGGUUCCUACAUGGAAGGCACCGGAAACAUGUUUGACGCCAGCGUCCUUGCCGCCUAUGGCAACGUCAUCGUGGUGACCAUGAACUACCGUCUGGGCGUGCUCGGCUUCUUGAGCACAGGCGACCAGUCAGCGAAGGGCAACUACGGGCUCCUGGACCAGAUCCAGGCGCUGCGUUGGCUCAACGAGAACAUCGGUCACUUCGGCGGCGACCCCGAGCGUAUCACCAUCUUCGGCUCGGGGGCCGGCGCCUCCUGCAUCAACCUGCUGAUCCUGUCCCACCACUCCGAAGGUAACGCAGGCACCGGCCUAUUCCAGAGGGCCAUCGCUCAGAGCGGCUCAGCCAUCUCCAGCUGGUCCAUCAACUACCAGCCCCUCAAGUACACCAAGAUCCUGGCCCGCAAGGUGGGCUGCACGUACGGCGAGACGGCCGACCUCGUCGACUGCCUGCGCCGCAAGAACUUCCGCGAGCUCGUGGACCAGGACAUCCAGCCCGCCCGCUACCAUAUCGCCUUCGGACCCGUCGUUGACGGCGACGUUGUGCCGGACGACCCAGAGAUCCUCAUGCAGCAGGGGGAGUUCCUCAACUAUGACAUCCUGAUCGGUGUGAACCAGGGCGAGGGCCUGAAGUUCGUGGACGACGGCGGCUCGGAGAGCGAGGAGGGCAUUUCGGCCGCAGCGUUCGACUACACUAUCUCCAACUUUGUGGACAAUCUUUAUGGAUACCCAGAGGGUAAAGACAUCCUCAGGGAGACCAUCAAGUUCAUGUACACGGACUGGGCCGACCGUGACAACGGCGAGAUGCGCCGCAAGACUCUGCUGGCGCUAUUCACCGACCACCAGUGGGUGGCGCCAGCGGUCGCCACGGCCAAGCUCCACGCCGACUACCAGUCGCCCGUCUACUUCUACACCUUCUACCACCACUGCCAGACGGAGACGCGGCCCGAGUGGGCCGACGCGGCGCACGGCGACGAGAUCCCGUACGUGUUCGGCGUGCCCAUGGUGGGCGCCACCGACCUGUUCCCCUGCAACUUCUCCAAGAACGACGUCAUGCUGAGCGCCGUGGUCAUGACCUACUGGACCAACUUCGCCAAGACCGGGGAUCCCAACUUGCCCGUGCCCCAGGACACCAAGUUCAUCCACACCAAGCCCAACCGCUUCGAGGAGGUCAUCUGGACCAAGUUCAGCUCCAAGGACAAGCAGUACCUGCACAUCGGCCUCAAGCCGCGCAUCCGCGACAACUACCGCGCCAACAAGGUGGCCUUCUGGCUGGAGCUGGUGCCUCACCUGCACAACCUCCACGAGGAGCUCCUGAGCUCGACCACCACCCGCGUGCCACCCGGCACUGCCCGCACGCCCCACUGGAAGCCCAGCGGGCCGCGCACCACGCGCCACCCGUACCCCACCUACCCGCCAGAGACAGACCCAUACGGUUCGGAGCGCCCGCGCGUCUCGCCCUUCCCCGACGACACGCGCGACUACUCCACGGAGCUCAGCGUCACGGUGGCCGUGGGUGCCUCGCUGCUUUUCCUCAACAUCCUGGCUUUCGCCGCACUCUACUACAAGCGCGACAAGCGCCACGAAAUGCGUCGGCAUCGGCUUUCGCCGCAGCGCGGCAUGGGUAUGGGCAUGGGGCUGGGCAUGGGUGUGGGCGGCAUCGGCGGCAUCGUGGGCGUGGGCGGCGGCGCUAACGACCUGGCGCACAGCCAGGAGGAGGAGAUCAUGUCCAUGCAGAUGAAGCAGUCGGAGCACGACGCGCACCACGACCUGGAGCCACUGCGGCCGCACGACAUCCUGCGACCGGCCUGCCCGCCCGACUACACGCUGGCGCUACGGCGCGCGCCCGACGACGUGCCCCUCAUGACGCCCAACACCAUCACCAUGAUCCCCAGCUCCAUCACCGGCAUGCAGCCCCUCCACGCCUUCAACACCUUCCCCACCACCGCCGGCCACAACAACACCCUGCCCCACCCACACUCCACCACCCGGGUAUAGUAGCACCACCACCACCACCACCACCGCCAGCCUCCCAAACCCCUCUCCUACCACAGGCCUCAUCCGCCGCUACCACCCCGGCCCACACACACACAGCGCCUCCUUCAGGAUGAGGCAGGAACAACACCCUCCUCCUCCUCCUCUCUCCUCUCGGGCACCAACACUGGGCCCCCCAGCUAAUCUCUGAUCUUAUCCUGCUAUGACCCUUAACCCACUGCUGGCACCCCUUUUUACAAACUCCAUCCGUCAGUGACUCCAUGGUUCCUCCACCUUCCUACCAGUCUGUGUGCCAACCCCCACCCGACCACCAUUUUAAAAAAACAGUGAAACACUCUGCCAACUUGCCAAUGCGUCAUAGACCCCCCACCCCUGCUCAUCUUUGGAUAAAUAGCGCCACCUGGUGGCAGCCUUCUGAACUAACUCCACUCGCAUGAAAGGGGAGGAUUUUUGUUUUGUUUUUCCGUUUGCAAAUGCUGAAGAAGAACACACACACACACACACACACGUUUGGUCUAGAUGUUUAGACUCUGCAGUGAGAUGGACAUCAGACCGUCCUCUCUGUAUUUAGUGAUGACCUUCUCUGGGAGCACGAGAGACAUCACACACACUCUCACACAUCUUCAGAGACACACUGAAGAGCAAAGGAGGCUAAGGAGAAGAAGAAAGAAGAGGAGAUAUUUUUUCUCUCUCUAUCUCUCUGUAUGAGGUGACAUACUCGGACAUCUCUCCAUCUGCCCUCCAUAUCCCUUCAUCAUGUCCUCCUCUCUUUCUUUCACACCAACUCUACUUUUCUAUACAUCCAUCCCUAUCCUUCGCUCAGUAGCACCAUCCCCUUUCCAAUUUCCCAUCAAUUUGAAUCUUUGGAGUAGCUUAUUUUUUUAUAUACACACAGUACAAUAUGAACAUUUGCAACAUUCAUAUGACUGGAUUUAAAAUUAUAUAUAUAUAUAUAAAUAUAUGUAUAUGUAUAGAUAGAUAUAUAUUAAAAAAAAAAUACAACAGCUCGACAUUGUGGUUCAGCCAGCAAACUUGGUGCCAAGAAGUCCACCCUGUGUGAUUGAAGAGAAGAGAAGUUCGCCACGUUGGGAAAAUGAUUUUUUCGCCCACCAGUGCCAAAAUCUUUUUUGCCAUCACAUCUUUCUGUCUCUUGGCCGUGGAUGCCCUCUCCUGGUUGGGAAAAAGGUUUAUAAAUAUAUAAAUAGAGAGACUGAGUGCUAUAUAUACAAAGAUGGAUGCCGUAUAUAUCACUAAAGGUUUGCUCAGUGGGAUUCUAUGCAUGACUUAUUUUUUAAACGGGACACAAAAGGAAGAAGACUACGAUGGCGAAGAAGACGAAGAAAAGGUCAAAAGGUCAAAAGGGUUUUUUUUUACUUUACACUCAUCCUUUAGUAAAUGAUCAGCUGUCUUAGUCUCAGUCUUGUCAUUGUACACAGAACUGAGCGCGCACACACACACACACACACACACACACACACACACACACCCUCAUAGUUUCUUUCUGUGGCCUGCAGCCGAAUGACUGCUAAGGACAGGACAUUAGCGCUGUGGCCUCGAGCCAUUGGUCAUCAUCACUCCUCUCUCUAAUGUGACAUCAUCCAGCCUCCACCCACCCACCAGAUCUCAUCUCUUUUCUACUACAUGCUGACGCACUGACUCAUGAUGUUUUAUCAUAUCCUCUUUUUUUUUUAACUUUAUUUGUCCAAGCCCUGUCUCGCUGAUAGUAAUUAUUGGUGCUAUACUGUAUCUCACAUGAUGUGAAUUCGCCAGGGUUUAUAUUGUACUGAAUAGCUAGAGACGUGAGCUGUGUGUGUGUGUGUGUGUGUGUGUGUGUGUGUGUGUGUGUGUGUGUGCGUGUGUGCGUGUGUGUGUGUGUGUGUGUGUGUGUGUGUGCGUGCGUGCAUGUGCGACAUCACAGAUGGCUCUGACAUUAGACUUGUAAGUUGCAUAAACCUGCCCUUCAUUGUACAUAGUACAUUCAUACAUUUGCCCUGACUUCUCAUUCCAUUGCGAUUACCCUUAAAAUAGAUUAUUUUUACACACAAACACACACACACACACACACACACACACACACACACACACACACACACACACACACUUCCUCCCU